CACUCUGACCCAUUUCAAGAUCUGCUCUCCACCCCUUUGCUGGGAAUAUUACAGAUGACUACAAAAUGACGUCAGGAGUUUUGGGAUUUACACGAUCUUUGUAUGGCAAACAGGAAGUCGGCGGCAGGUGCCAACGGAAGUGUGUGUGGCCGGGUACAGCCUUCGCCUGCGGAAUAGAAGGAGCUAUCUAAUUGCUGCAAGCAGCUCAGUUAUUACAACGAAAGAAAAAAUACAUAUAACACUGUCAAAUGUCUUCAACUGAAAUGAAUGCUGCAGUGCCCAACCAUCGAAGGACCAAGCCCGGUGGUAUAAAGACUGGGGUUGUGGCCAGCGGCAUGACUGGACCCACCUCCCAGAUCCCCGGUCUGUCCCAAACGGCAGACGAAACCUCUCCGGUGGAACGGACCACCGGCCGGCGAGUUGGGAUCUUUGAGUCGGACUCUGAGUAUGUGAAGCUCGCAAAGGGAGGUGGACACAAAGGGCUGCUGAGUCAUGAUGCUGACGCUGAUGACAAACCCACGAAGCCCUACAAUCCACCCAACUGGUUUAGUGAUGAAUUAAAGAGCGGGAGCAAACCAACGUUUCCCGACAGCAAGACGACGAGGGGCAUGCAGCCCAUGGCUGCACCGUUUGGCACCGAUAACGGUUCGUCCUGGGAAAGAGAUGGUAGAUUUUCCCCCAAUAAGGAGAAGAUGUCUCCUGAUGACGUUGCCAAUGAGCUUGGCGGUCUGUCCAUGACCAACAAAUACAAGCGAACGUGUUAUGAGAAGAAGGCUCCACCGGUCAGCAUGUCCAAGCUGCUGAGUCAUGGCUACGUCGAGGACAAGAAGAAGUCUCCUAAUGACGACGAUGCCUCAAGCGUGACCUCCGAUCAAACCAGCACCAUUGGGACGGAGGACAUUGGAGACGACCUGGAGUAGUGCAUACAGGUUCUGGUCUUGAGGGAAAGGGGUCAUCCUAACACUGGUUUAUGGUUUCCAACAAAUCCACGAACACACCGCUCCGCCCCUCUCGGUUUCACUUGCAUUUAUUGUACAUCCACUGACUGUUAAGUUUUGUACUGUUUAUGCAAAGGUACUGCUCUUUUUAUUUAUUUGCUUUCAUUUGUAAAAAAAAAAUUAUUCAUACGGAUUUUGUUGAGUAGAUUGUGUCCGUCGUGCUCGCGGUAUUUCUUAUCUGUGUUGUCGUUUCUCGAUUUGAAAGACGAGUUGUGCACAGGGCAGGAAACUAACGACUGUUGGGUCCAUAGGGUUGAGUGAAAAAUACCGAUUUCACCAGCUUAGCUAGACGGCCGUGCCAGCCCCGAGCUUAAAGUCACCGUUUCUGACUGAUGGCUGGUGUUAGUUUCCUUCCCUGGUUGUAUGAAGAUCGAGUUAGUGAAGUUAAACUGUUAGUGCUGAUGAAAUGUGGUUCCAGUGACGUGUAGUAUUUGUUUUGAUCAAGAGUUCCUGCUCUGAACGGAUGUUGGGAGGUUUUAUUUGUGUGUUUUCGACACAUGCCAAAGUGCGUACCGAUGGCCUCAGCCGCCGUGCUUUGUUUGGUUAAAGGGCCCAAGAUGAUUUCUUUUUUUUUUUUUUGUAAGGUCGCAGCUCUGCAAAAGGUUGCCCUUCUCUACUAUGCCACCCACAAUUCUGUUUUUGAGUUCGUAGAAAUCUAACAUGCCUCGUAUUAUUGUGCAUUUUUAUGAAAGCUUUUACUCAUCAGAUUAUCAGAAUAAAAGCCUCAUGCCUCAUGUUGAAACACUAAAUUAACUCGUGAUGUUUACACUAGUAUUUUGAACACUAUAAGAUGCUGCGAAAUCAAUUUCCUCGCCACUGGUUGUUAGGAAGCUCACCAGUAUAUCGCUAACAAUGCCAAGUGUUUUCAUGGCAGUCCGGAUAUCUCAGACGCGUGCUAAUGAUAUAACUGAAUUGGGUCAACUCUACAUCGAAAAGCUCUCCAGUGUCUUAAUUUCAUUCUCAUUCAGCCCGGUAAACUCAAAACUCAUGCAACAAGCGAUAAUUAUUCUGGGAAAUUUAAGAGCCAAUAGCCACCUUUAGCAGACUGCCAAGCUGGAAGUCCAUUCCAGGGUAUUUCCCUGUGACGAUUAAGGCGUGAUUUAUGCUUCUGUGUUACAUCUACGCCGAGGUUACUGGGAAAGCUCUGCGUGGAGCCUCCGCAGAACCAUGAAAAAAAAAAAAAAAGAGUUCUGAACGUGCCAACCAGCAGUUUUUUAUCUACUCAUGCAGUGUUUUGACUUUGUAGACGUUAGUAGGAGAACUUAGUAUUAGUGCACAGCCGGAUCCGUGGCUGUCGUGUUUAUCCAUCCGACGGCAGUUUAUUCCAUUAAUGCUUACUGCGACAUUUUUGCAAAUGAAAACUUGAAGCAGUGGAACAGCCUGCUGAGCGAGUGGUUACGAUAUUUAAAAAACAUACUUCGGAAUAAAGGUCUGUCUCAAAGGAAAGUCUGCCAACCAGAGACAAGGAUUUCUCCUACAUCUCCUUAAAGACAACAUCAAAAAAACAAAUUUUACUCACAUUUAUUUUAAGAGUUCCUUUUUUAUUUGUAGCAAUCACUCUCAGUAUUGCUAGCAACAGUAGCUAGGAAGCUCAUUGUCUCAUAAUGAGCAAAUGUGGAUUUUAGCAACAAUUAACUUUACCUAAUUGCCGGUAAUCGGUUAAUACAUUCCAUCUAUUUUCUGGCACGAAUCUGCAUCCGGUUUGCAUUCUAUUAAUUGAUUCUGUCAUUAGGAAUUAUUGUUAUAUACUGCUGGAAAUCUUUGCGGAUGUGUGAUGAAGAUUUUGAAGCCACAUCCUCCCCAAUGGUUGCCGUGAUACUGAGACACUUCAUGAGUCCAUCCGGUGUGAUUGUGAGACGGGUGGUACAAUUUUAAUCAUGUGGUAUUAAUUAGGGCUUACAUUUUCCCUCUUUGACCUCUGUAGAAACACUCUUCAACAGAAGUGUGCCUUUUGUUUUACUAUAUACUUUGCAGAAAGCCAGGUUUUUAAGUUCACACAUACACACGUUUAGAGUGCUCACACAGUUGGCCUUACUGCUCCGAAACCACCGCAGACCAUGGGAAUUAUUACUCCACCUCUCUGUCCUCUGCUUAUUUGGGGGGUUGCGUAUUUCGUUUGAGAGUCAGGAGAAAAAAAAGGGUAAUAGAUUUCAUUCCUGUGACAUUUGCUGGACAGUUAAGCCUUGAGUCAUUUAACAGUUAUAUAAUAUCGUCGCCGUAACUGUGAACCUGCACGUUGACAGUAAAAUCCUAAUCCUACAGGGACAUUUGUCGGGCGGAGGAAAUGCUCUUAAAAAUGAAAAGAAGGGGAAUGAAUUUUUUUGGGUGUAUAACGGCAAGAUUAAAGCUCUGGGUCUGUUCCCGCAAAUCCAGCACACUCAUCACCUUGGGUCUCAGAAAGGAUGCAGCAGUAACCGACUGUUUGUCUCUUGGUUUCCAACGCUGUAUUUAAGCAGUGAUGCAUAAUUAAUCUGUACGUGGUAUUAAACAUUGUCAAGUGUUCAAAACGAGAUGCACUGGAUUUUAUUUUGCAGUAGACAAAAUAGCGAAUGUAUCAUCUUUUUUUGUUUGCUUUGAAGAAAGUUUUAUUUGUAUGAACUGUUAAAUAUAGGUAUAUCAUUAUAUUCAGGUACAGUAUUUCCAGUU